UUCCCUUUAGUCUGCCGCCAACCAGCGUCUGCUCGAGUCGGUUCCUCAAUUGUGUUCCCGACCGAUCGAAAAAUUAAUUUUUUUUUUUGUGUGUGUGUGUUUGUGUGUGUGUGUAUCUCUUUUUUUUUUCUCUGCUUGUAUUCGUUGGCACGUUACGUCAGUGCAUUUUGCCAAGUGAUUUACUGGCACCCAAUCAGAAGACAACGGAUUAACGACAUUCACUGGAUAUAUAAUCAAUUCAACAAAACUUGGGUUGUGCGUGUUGUUCUUUUUCCCUGUCCCAAACCGACAAAAACAAAAAAAAACAAAACAAAUACGAAGAGGGAAAAGCUUUUCUUUUUUUUUUUCGCUUUUUUCCGGUUCGAUUAAGUUUUGAAAAAAUUAAUAUUAUCGCAGUGGUCGGAGUCGAUCUGACACGGUAUGAACGAGUGGAAUGUGCUGAUCAGAUUGUGACUUGCCAUGUUUUGACCUCUUUCAAAAUACGAUUUAAAAAAAUAAAAAACAAAACAAAAUUCUUAACUAUCAAAGCCAAAAAGUCCGGUGCAUUUUACCUGGGGAAUAUCCUACCUGCCAAUGGAGACGGUUCAAGUAAUAACCGACCUUCACCAAGAGCUUUGACUUGUUUCAACUACAGUAUCCCCUCCCCACCCCCUUUAAAAAAAUUUGGGUAUAGAUAUCAAUAAAAAAAAAAAAAAGGAAGAGCUGCCAAACUCAUCGCCGGAAACAUCCGACAGAAAGAGAAAAAGAAAUUUUAAAAAAUAAAAAGAAGAUGAUGUUUCGUAAACACCUGAGCGCUCAAAGUUGGCGAACGGUGGGGGCAGUGUUGCUCCUACUCUCGCACUACGUCGGACCCGGAUCGUCCUUUAUGGUUGUGGUUGACGAGCCGGCUGUUACCCCGGCCGGAUCAAUCAUUUUCCACGCCGCAAUGACGGAUGACGGAGGCCAGAACGGACGCCAGUGGACCUACGUUUGGUCAUCAACGUCACCGGAAACGACCAGAAGCUUUUUUCAUCUGAGCAGAGAUGGAUCGGUGCGUUUAAAACGGUCACCCAUCAGCCGGCCUUGCUCCGACUGGCCCCUGCGUAUCGAAGCCUACGAUCCGGCCGUCCGCACGGGAGUAACGCGGGUCAGUUUGCCGCUAACGGUUCGAUUCAAAUCCUGCGGCAAUCAACUGAUGGACGGCCAUCGUCGGCAGCGAGUCGACCAUUCGGUCCGAUUGACCACCAUCCUACCGGACUGGGCGGGACGUGAAGUGGACGACGACCGGCUUUUCAACGAGAUUUGCCUGCGGCGGAGUGAGCUCAUAGUCCCCAAACUGGAUGCCUACCUGCCGGAAUCGGUGCGACGCUACUGCAGGACUGACAGUUGGACUUCGUCAACGUCCAACCGAGCGGUAGAAUCAUCGGGAGUGGAUCUGGUUUCGACAGAAUCUGAAUGCCGUCCGGGACGGACGGGCAACGCCCACCUUCACUAUCGGCUCAACUGUUCGUCGCCCAUCGGCAAUGGCGUUGUUGAAGCGCAAAGAGAAAUGGAUGUGACGGCCCGAUUGGAUCCUCCUCCGCCACCCGACAUUUUGCACCGGUCCGGCCACCGCCAGCGACGCCAAACUGCCGCAGACGCUUCCUUCUCAUUCGAGCAGCCCGUCUACGUCGCGUCCGUGCCGGAAGAGCGAGACAGAGGCUUGCAAGUGAUCUCUUUAGCCGUCCGCAAUCCGCCGCCGAUAGGCGUCAUGUACUCCAUGGUGGCCGUCUUAGACGCCCGUUCGCAAAAAUUAUUCUCCAUCGACGGCCAGACGGGCAGCAUCACAACGUCGGCUCGCUUAGACCGCGAGUCUAUGGACGUCCACUAUCUGCGCGUGACGGCGACGGAAAUGGUGGCCGGCGCCGAGGGCAGCGGCGGAGCCAACAGGCCGCAACCGAGAAGCGCCACCGCCACCGUUCAGAUAAACGUCGAAGAUGUCAACGAUUUCCCGCCAACAUUCGAACAGGCUAAUUACGAGACGGCCAUCAAAGAGUCGGCCUCCAUCGGGACGGCCGUCCUGACGGUCCGCGCUAAAGAUCAGGACGCCGGAGCCAACGCCGAUGUCCAUUACAGCAUUGUCAAUCCGUUCGGAGCCAACGAAGCGUUCCGCAUCGAUGCUAAAACGGGGGUCAUCAGCACUCGGCUGGCCCUGGACCGCGAAACCAACGACCAGUACAAUCUGACCAUCCAGGCUGUGGACCAAGGACCGGUCCAGGAGCGUCAAUCAGCCACUGCUUCGGUUCACGUCCAGAUCGGCGAUGAAAACGACAAUUAUCCGCAAUUCUCCGAACGGACGUACACGGUCGAAGUGGCCGAGAAUGUCAACUGGGCAGAGAACCCAAUCGUCGCUCGCAUCAGGGCGACAGAUGCGGAUGUUGGUCCUAACGCCAUCCUGCGGUAUUCGCUUAUCGGUGGCAACACGCAGGGCCACUUUGUCAUCGACUCGUUGAGCGGCGACGUUGCCGUUGUGCAGCCGCUCGAUUUCGAAACGGUGCGAAGCUACCGGUUGGUCAUCCGCGCCCAAGAUGGCGGCAAUCCGAGCCGUUCAAACACGACCCAGUUGCUUGUCAACGUGCGCGAUGUCAACGACAACGCCCCGCGUUUCUACACGUCCCUUUUCCAAGAAUCCGUCAUCGAAAACGUGCCCAUCGGCCACAGCAUCGUCAGGGUUCAAGCCUACGACGCCGACGACGCCGACAACGCCCUCAUCUCCUACAGGAUCGUCCCGUUGGCCAUCAUGACCCCGACCGGCAAUCAGCAGACGGACGAAGAUCAACUGCCAUUCGGCAUCGAUCCCGACACGGGCUGGAUCGUCACCGUGCGUGAUCUGGACCGCGAAGAGAAUCACCAUCACGAGUUCGAGGUUUUGGCAACGGACGGCGGCGGGAAAACGGCGACGGCCCGCGUCGUUCUGCAAAUUCAAGAUCAGAACGACAACGACCCCGUUUUUUGGCCCAAAAUUUACGACGCCGUCGUCGGCGAAGACGCCACGCCAGGGACGCCCGUCUUGACCGUCACGGCCACCGAUCGCGACGAGAAUCCCAGGCUCCAGUAUUCCAUCGUGGGCGGCAACGUCAGAGGCCGUUUCAGCGUCAGCUCGCAAAACGGACAAGGUCUCAUCUCCGUGGCCCAGCCGCUCGACUACAAACAAGAGAAACGCUUCGUGCUAACCGUCCAGGCCAGCGACUCUGGCGGACGCAGCGACACGGCCACCGUUUACCUCAACGUCUCCGACGCCAACACUCACGCGCCGGCCUUCGAAGCCGCGCCUUAUUCGGCCACUGUGUUCGAAGACGCCCCGAUAGGAACAACCGUUUUAAUUGUGGCUGCCAGCGACGGAGAUGUGGGCGACAAUGCGCGAAUCACGUACGGACUAUCGGGCGAGUUAGUGCCGGAAUUCUCCAUCCAGCCGGCCACUGGCGCCAUCAUCACGACCAAACCGCUGGACAGAGAGCGGACGUCCGGCUACUUGCUGACCAUCACGGCUCGCGAUAACGGAAACCCGCCGCUGAGCGACACCACCGACGUGGAGAUCAGCCUGGCCGACGUCAACGACAACCCGCCCGUCUUCCAGCAGACGACCUACACGGCCAACGUGCCGGAAGACGCGCUCAUCGGCACUUCCGUCCUCCAAGUGACGGCCACCGACGCCGACCAGGGAUUUAACGGCAGAGUUCGUUACGUUCUACUGGACAGCGACGCCAACGCUUCCCCCUUCACCCUGGACGCCACUUCCGGCAUUUUGCGGACCAAUAAAUUGCUGGACAGAGAAUCGACGGCCAAGUACGACCUGCUGGUCCAGGCCAUCGAUCGCGGUACUCCCGAACUGUCGGGAGCGGCGUCCGUCAUCGUCAUCAUCGACGACGUCAACGACUCGCCGCCGUCUUUCAACAUUCCGCCGUCAUCGGAUCGCGUCCGGCUCUUCAUCCAGGAGAACUCGCCCGUCGGAUCGAAAGUGGGCGACAUUUUGGCCCGCGAUCCCGACGAAGGCGUCAACGCCGUCGUCCAUUAUUCCAUCAUUGGCGGGCCGGACGCCGAAGCUUUCACGCUCGUCCCGCGUCCGGAAUCCGGAUCGGCCGAGCUUCUGACGCGCAUCGACUUGGACUACGAGUCGGCCCGCAAGCGCUACGAGCUGCUGGUGCGGGCGGCAUCGCCGCCGCUGCGCACCGACGUCAUCGUCGAAGUCAACGUCGUCGACGUCAACGACAACGUGCCCGUCCUCAACGAUUUCCGGCUGGUGCUUAACAAUUUCAGAAAUUAUUUCCCUUUGGGGCCGGUGGCCCGCGUGCCCGUCUUCGACGCAGACGUCAACGACCAGUUGCACUACCGGGUGGUAUCUGGCAACAGCGCGGAUUUGAUCCAUUUGAACGAAACGAGCGGCUACAUCACCCUGUCAUCAAACCUGAACACUAAUGUGCCCAUCUCGGCGGCUAUGGAAAUCUCCGUCAGCGACGGCACAAAUGUGGUCAGAGCUGAAAUGCAACUGUCUGUUUUACUGGUGACGGACGCGAUGCUAUUCAACUCGGUGACGCUCCGAUUGGGCGACAUGGAUCAGGAGAGCUUCCUGUCUCAACCGCUCUACAAUUAUUUCGUAGACGGCCUGGCCGCCAUCAUCCCUUGCCCCAAGGAGAACGUCUUUGUCUUCAACAUUCAGAACGAUUACGAGGCAGACGGGCGGAUACUGAACGUUAGUUUCUCUGCCAAACGGCCCGACCUACCGGGCGAGGUCCUCUAUACGCAGCAGUUUCUCCAGGAACGAGUUUACCUCCGGCGCCACGCCCUGACUAAAUUAACCACCCUCCAGGUGUUACCAUUCGACGACACGUUAUGCGUCCGAGAGCCUUGUCUCAAUUUCGAAGAGUGCCUUUCGGUCCUGAAAUUCGGCAACGCAUCCGAUUUCAUCAGCAGCCCUACUCUGCUCUUCCGGCCCAUCCAUCCAGUCAGCACUUUUGCCUGCAGGUGUCCAGCUGGAUUCACCGGAAUGAGAGAGCAUUACGUGUGCGACACGGAAGUCAACUUGUGCUACUCCAAUCCGUGCCUGAACGGGGGCAGCUGCCUGCGCAAAGAGGGCGGUUACACGUGCCUGUGUCGACAGGGAUUCACUGGAAGCGAAUGCCAACUGGAUGUGUCGGGGAAAAUGGGCAUCGCAGCCGGCGGACGCGGAAGGCAACAAGAUAAAACGUGCAAUGGAAGGACUGGCCUUUGCGCUCUGACCAACUGCACGGGCCCGGCAAAUUUCUACACGCCGCUGACUUGUCAUCUGCGCUCACGCAGUUUCUAUCGAGGAUCUUUCCUCACUUUUCCAGCCUUGAGACAGCGUUAUCGUCUCCACCUCAAACUCAGUUUUGCUACGAGAGAGAGAAACGGCCUGUUGUUGUACAAUGGACGAUACAACGAACGUCACGAUUUCAUCGCACUGGAACUGAUCGACGGCCGCCUUUCAUUCUCCUUUUCGCUGGGCGCUAAUUUGUCUCACGUUGUCCUCGAACAGCCUUUCUCAUUAGCCGAUGGCGAUUGGCAUACGGUCACUAUCGAUUACUUCAACAGGACGGUGGUGUUGAGUUUAGAUGACUGUGACACGGCCGUCAGUGUUAAGUACGGCCAUAAGUUGGGUAGUAAAUGUGCCGCUCAGGUCGUUCACCACCUGGAGCCACGCUGUGCCCAGUUUACCGAGACAUGCCACCGGUUCCUGGACUUGACGGCGCCCCUGCAGCUGGGAGGUUUGCCGUCAGCCUCGUCCGAAUUCCAAGUUCGCAAUCGCGACUACGACGGAUGCAUCAAGGACCUUCACAUCGACCACCAAUUCAUCGACUUGGCCAGCUUCGUGGCCGACAACGGCACCGUUGCCGGUUGUCAGGAAAAGAAAGAUUUCUGCUCUUCGAAUCCGUGCCGCAACGGAGGCAAAUGCCGCCAGGGUUUCAGCACUUUCCUCUGCGAGUGUCCCGAUGGCGUGGCCGGCAAAGAUUGUUCAGAAACCAUUGAAGGGUCGAGGCAAUUCCGUGGCGACGGCUAUUUGAUAUUCACGCCAGACGCCAAGCCCAUCGUUUUACCGUGGUCGGCCAGCUUCGCUUUCCGCACCAGACAGGCGGAUUCGUUUCUGAUGAAGCUGGAAAUCGAACCCGCUCAUUUCGUGCUCGUUGAGACUAUCGACGGUAAAUUGAGCAUCACCUGGGAAUCGGGCCAGUUCAGUUUGGCUGACACGGAGCCGCUCAACGAUGGCAAAUGGCACUGGGCCGAGCUCAAGUGGAUGCAAGGUGAACUCUGGCUCAAUACCGACUACGGCCUCUACGAGAAAACCGUGCCCGUCGACUCGAAAUUGACCGGAUUGAUGCCGGCCAGAGUCGUUCUCGGUCGAUUAGAAACGGCCAACACAACCGGAUUGAUCGGCUGCAUCAAAGAUGUCAGAAUCGACCAGCAACGCAACUUGUGGUUGAAAUCAUCGGUCGAGCAUCGAGUGAGCGACGGCUGCAGCUCGACAGAUUCCUGUAGCGCCCGCAGCGACAUGUGCCCGCAACGUGCCACUUGCGCAGACACUUGGAAUUCGCACAAAUGCGUGUGCGACGUUGGCUUUGUUGGAGCCGAUUGCGCAAACAUUUGCGAGUACAACCCCUGCGAGAAUAAUGCCACCUGUCAAAUCGACCAGUCCAUUCGGCGGGGUUACAAAUGCGGCUGUCAAGGUGACACGUCAGGCGAUUAUUGCGAAGUGGCCUUAGAUCAGCCGUGCCCAGCAACGUGGUGGGGCUAUCCGGUUUGCGGGCCGUGUCGCUGCGACACGGACAAAGGCUACGAUCCCAACUGUAACAAAACCAACGGCCAAUGCGUCUGUCAGGAAAAUCACUACCAGCCGGUCAACGAGGAGGAAUGUCUCGACUGUAAUUGCUACCUGACGGGCUCGUUUGGCUCAAAGUGUGACGCCCUUACCGGUCAAUGCAAGUGCCGACCGGGAGUCAUUGGCCGGCGAUGCGACUCUUGCCCCAACCUUUUCGCCGAAGUCACGCUCAAUGGAUGCGAAGUAAUCUACGACGCUUGCCCAAGGAGCUUCGACUCCGGCAUCUGGUUCGACCGCACCCUAUACGGACUGACCACCGCCAGAGAUUGUCCAAUAGGAUCGCUGGGACAGGCUUACAAAACGUGCGACAAGGAAGUCGGUUGGAUGCCCGCUGAUUUAUUCAAUUGCACCACCAUCCCCUUCGUUGAUUUAAGAGAAAUGUUGAAACGAUUGGAUCAGGGCAGUUUGAACCUCAACCCGUUCAUCUCGGUGAGGCUGGCGCAACAGCUGUUCAAAGCCACGAAUCACAGUUCGAAACUGUACGGUAGCGAUAUCUUCAUCGGACAACAGCUGCUCGUCAAAAUUUUAGAGCACGACACGCAUCGCGAAGGAUUCAACUUGACUCACCGGCACGACAAAGAUUUUAUCAGAAAUCUGGUUAGCGCUACGAGCGUGCUCUUCCAGUUACAAUAUGUCGGACAUUGGAGGACGAUCGAACGAGUCCACGGCUACGGAGCUGAGGCGCUUCUCAUGGCUUUCCAAAACUACGCCGCUAAUUUGGCACGUCAGCAAAACAGCACUUAUACACUACCGUUCGAAGUUGUCACCCCUAAUAUGGUUUUCGGAAUGGAUUUGUUGAGCACGGAACAAAUCAUAGGACACGAAUCAAAAUCGAGCGGAUUGGAAAAGAUCGUGCUGCCGGACACUAGCCGAUACCUGGAAGAAGGAUCGGCAGGUGUCAAUAAAGAGCGGCCAUCGUCAGCCAACGCCAUUUUCCCGAAAUACAACAACUACGUCAAAAACCCCGUGCUGUUCGAUCGAACGUCAAAAUUCUUCACGCCGCUCAAUUUACUCGGCUUCCGACUGCCGUCCAGCCAAAAGACGACCGACCGUUCCAACGCCGAAACCCAACGGUCCGUCGUCAGCUACGCCAUCUACCGGACGGCCGGCGAAAUUUUGCCCCAAGUUUUCGAAGCGAAUUUAAGACAACGUUACGGAGUCGAUCUGACCUUGCCCUCCACCACGAUGGGACUGGCCGCCUUGUCCGUCGACGGCAACAUCAUAUCAGAUGAGCCAGAUGGGCCGCCGAUCAAGUACCGCAUUCGAGUCGAUUACGUCAACCAGCGCGCCAAUCCGCAGUGCGUUCACUGGAAACCAACGGGGUCGGGCGGGGCCGGUUCGGCCCUGGCGAAAGGCGCGUGGAGCCGAGAAGGUUGUCGAACGGAUUUCCACGAUCCGUGGUUCUACGAUCAAGAGGAUUUCCACGUGAAUUGCACAUGCUCAAGUCUGGGGCCAGUGGCCGUCGUCAUGAACAAAGAGGAAUUCAUAACAAUGGCGAGGGAGCCUACGCUGAUCGAAGAUGUGGUCACGUACAUCGGUCUGGUGGCCAGCGUGGUUUUCUUGGCGGUGGCGUUCAUCUGUCUCAGUUUGAUUAGCGGCCAGCAACAGACCAAUUCCAAUUCAAUCCACCGCAAUUUCGUCGUCUGCCUCCUACUGGCUCAGCUGCUCUUCUUGUUGGCCCUCAAACUGCGGGGAACCGUCCAACACCACGAGUUUGUUUGUAAAUUACUGGCCAUGGGUUUGCACUACUUGUGGUUGUGCAUCUUCUCCUGGCUGAUGAUCGAAUCGAUCCACUUGUACCGAAUGCUGACCGAACUGCGUGACGUCAAUCAUGGCCACAUGAGCUUCUAUUAUUCAGUCGGCUACGGACUUCCGGCCAUCAUCCUUGGCUUGUCGGUCGGUGUGCGCGCGGACCAAUACGGCAAUUAUUAUUUCUGCUGGUUGUCGGUUUUCGAAUCAGUCAUCUGGAGUCUGGUCGGCCCGUGUUGCUUCAUGAUUGUCUGCUCGCUAAUUACCUUCGGCAUGGGCUUGCGGGCCGCCUUCACGCUCAAAGAUCACAUCGAAGGUUACGGCAAUUUGAGAACGCUCAUUUGGCUCGGCUUGGCCCUCCUACCUGUCACGGCCACCGUGUGGGUAUUGGCCGUCUUGUCGGCCAGUGACACAUCCGAAAUUCUCUUUUACGCCUUCUCACUCUGCUCCGUCCUCGAGUCCAUUUUCAUCAUGCUGGGCUACUGUCUACUGAACCGACGGGUUCGUCUCGGCCUACUCCAUCUAGCGGGACGCAAAGACACUAUGGAUCACGAUGACAUUCACGGACUUGGCCAUCAGAUAGAAACGCAUUCGGUCACAGCCUCCCGAUCGGCUUUGGCCUAUCAAAACAAUCGCGACACGGCGUCCACUUUGCAGCAACGAGAACAGAAUCAUCAGAGACAUCUAGGCAUUUCGACGGCAUCGACCACGUCCCGCUCUACUUGCAAGACGGGCAGCAGCAGCAAUUACCGCAGCGCCGAUAUGCGCAGCGGCGAUGUUUCGACCAGUACGGGCAGCCGUUCGUCGUACACUAGUAGGCAAAUCGUACACAAAUCCCCGUACGCUUACGACAACGAUGACGAACAACCGAAAAAGAGACAUCCGUCCGGAGGAGAAAGCGGAGGUGAAUCGGACGGCCAAUUGGAUUUGGCUUCGAGUCACACGAGCGAUGACGAUGAAACCGCCACCAACAGAAGUCUUAGCAUCAACAGAAAUUUGAAAGAACAUCGAAAACCAGAGUUGCCUUCAAAACCAGCCUUCAUGCCCAACAUUUGCGAAGUGGGUGAACCAAUGCCCCAAAUUCCAUCUCCAACACCACCCCAUAACAUGAUGAUGCCCAUGUCGAACAGCAACAUACGGCCACUCUAUUCGCCUGCCUGGUCUAGCCAACUGCCACCACCCGCUUAUCCACUAUCGAUGUCUUACUCGCCGGCCGGUCGUUGGGUUUCGGAGAGGAUGUCCAGCGCCACGCCUUCAGAGAACGAACAGGCCAGCCCGAACGCGGGCCACGCCAAAUCGUCUACCCAUUUCAUCGCACCUCUGGGUAUGCCACGUAAUUACGACGAUGAAGAUUACGAGGAUUACGAGCACCAUCAAGAAAGGAAUCCCGCUGGAUUCCAAACGGUAGACAACGAUGCUCAACGAACAGACGGGUUCUCGUUGGACGGUCGAGACAUUGGCGGUUCCGUCACGAACAAUUUGAAUUUCGCAUCAACCGCCACGGGCAUUGCACCUGAGAGAAAACUCAUGACUCCCGUAACCACCCUGGAAAUGACCGACUCGGAAUAUGUCUAACACACACAGAGGACACACUCCAGCUCCAGGGCAUGUGUAGGUGUUCUUGCACGCAAUCCGACCAUCUGGUGAAGAUGAGGACGUUUUAAAAAUAAAAAAUUCAAAGUUGACCGAAAAAAGAGAAGAUGAGCAAAAAUUCAACGACCUGUUUCCGUCCUCUCCCCUCGAGUCCAAUCCAAUGCAAAUGACGAUAUUAUUAGAAACUGGUUGUAAUGACCGCUACCAAUUUUGGUUGUGUUAUUUGUAAAUGUACAGCUUUUUUGUUAAAGAAAAGAAGAAAAAAAAAACGUAUGAGUGAUAAGAUCUCUUUUGAUUCCAUUUUUUUUUUUACUUCUUGUCUUCACAAGUAUACUUGCUGUUUCUGUUCGUUAAAAGUGCCAUGUUUUUUUGUUCAGUGUGCGAUGUAACAAUGUGUUUUUUUCGUUUUAACGUCUUGUGCAAUAAAGGAAUCUUGUCUGUUAA